UGUCAUUGCUGGUGAUCUUCCUUUGACUAUGUGGGUAUAUGGUCAGGGAUAAGCAUUCCUCAUUUCUGGAGGAUCCAUCCAAAAACAUGAAGAAAUGAACAGAGAAUAUGGAUGAUGAAGUCAAUUUCAAUAAGGCACGUAUAUGGAAGCAGGUUUCUUGGCUAUAGGUUGAAGAUGAUCGGUGGGAAUUUCGAACAUGGAAUCAUUUCUUGUUCCAAACAUCACAUAUCCAUUUAAAUAUUUCUCUAAGGUUGCAUAUAUUUUCCAUCAAACACUAAUCAACCAGCAAGUCAACGAUGAAAUCUCCUCCUCUUCAUCUCUCUACUCCUCAUAUCUACUCAACCAUCAUCAAUCGCUCCUAUUCUCUCUUUCAUUUCAUGGCCUUGAUCGCCCUGCUCUACUAUCGACUCUCUUCUUUUCUCCUACAGAAUCCCACACUCCCUUAUCUUCUACUCUUUGCCUCUGAGCUCUUGCUUUCCUUUAUUUGGCUUUGUAGCCAAGCUUAUCUAUGGGCACCAGUUUCUCGAACACCUCUCCCACAAAGGUUGCCGGAAAAUAAAGAACUUCCUGCUAUUGAUGUGUUCAUAUGCGCCGCAGACCCCAAGAAAGAGCCGCCUGUGGAGGUGAUGAACACAGUUUUAUCUGCCAUGGCGCUCGAUUAUCCACCGGAGAAGCUCUCUGUGUAUCUUUCAGAUGAUGGGGGAUCUUCUUUGACGUUAAAGGGUAUGAGAGAGGCUUCAGCUUUUGCUAGGUCUUGGCUUCCAUUUUGUAGAAGAUUUGGGAUUAAGAAUAGGUGUCCUAAGGUUUAUUUUUCAAGCUUGGAAGAUGAUCUUAUUCACUCUCGUAGUAUGGAAUAUGAAGAGGAAAAGGAGAAGAUCAAGAAAGAAUAUGAGAAGUUUAAAGAGAGUGUGAAGAUGGCAGAAGAAAGUGAAGAAAAUGCCAUUGAUCAUCCUCCAGCAAUUGAGGUGUUACAUGAUAAAUCUGAUAAGGAGAUACCUCUUCUCGUCUACGUUUCUCGUGAGAAAAGGCCUCAUCAGCCACACCAUUUCAAAGCUGGAGCACUCAAUGUUCUUUUAAGGAUCUCAGGAAUUUUAACAAACUCGCCUUACAUUUUGGUACUAGACUGUGACAUGUACUGCAACGACCCAACAUCUGCUAGGCAAGCAAUGUGUUUCCACCUUGAUCCUGAAAUCUCCUCCUCGCUUGCUUUCGUCCAAUUCCCCCAGAAAUUCCACAAUAUAAGUAAGAGUGACAUCUACGACGCCCAAUUGAGAACAUUGUUCGUUAUAAGGUGGCCGGGUAUGGAUGGACUUCAGGGGCCAAUAUUGUCCGGCACUGGCUUUUACAUGAAGAGAAAGGCUUUGUACGGUAAUCUUCCACUGAAGGAUGUAGAGCAGCUGAAACAGUCAUUUGGUCUCUCAAAUGAUUUUAUAAUGUCAGUUCACCACAUCAACCAACAUAACCUCCAUGACAAUAAAGAAUCCUCAAGCAAACCCUUCCAACUGCAAGAGGCUCAAUUUUUGGCCAAUUGUAAUUAUGAGAAACAAACUCUAUGGGGCAAACAGAUAGGAUUCUUAUAUGAUUCUGUGGUAGAAGAUUACUUUACUGGGUUCAUCUUGCACUGCAGAGGUUGGACUUCUGUUUUUUGUAAUCCUUCAAGGCCAGCAUUUUUAGGCAGUGCAACCACAACUUUGAAUGACACGUUAAUACAAGGAACAAGAUGGAAUUCUGGGUUAAUGGAGGUUGCCAUCUCAAGGUAUUGUCCUUUCAUUUAUGCGUUAUCAAGGAUGUCUUUGUUGCAAACCAUGUGCUAUGGAUAUCUUGCUCUCCAGCCUCUCUAUUCCUUUUCCCUGUGGUGUUUAGCUACUCUGCCUCAACUUUAUCUAUGGAAUGGCAUCCCCAUUUAUCCUAAGGUUGCAAGUUCAUGGUUUUUUAUCUUCGCAUUCGUAUUCCUCGGAUCUUUCUUUAAACAUUUAGAGGAGGUUGUCUCCUCAGGAGGCUCAAUCCAAACGUGGUGGAAUGAACAACAAAUCUGGAUGAUAAAAUCUGUAACAGCUUAUACAUAUGGCAGUAUAGAUGCUAUGAUGAAGUGGGUUGGAUUGAGAAAAGCCAGUUUCGUGCCAACCAACAAAGUUUCUGAUGAAGGAAAAUUCACAUUAUACCAAAAGGGGAAAUUUAAUUACCAAACAUCAACAGUGUUACUUGCUCCCAUAGUUGCUUUAGUCAUUUUGAACAUGGUAUCUCUUGUGGGUGGUGUUGCUAGAAUGUUGGUCACUGGAACUUGGAAACACAUGUUUGGACAAGUUUUUCUCAGUCUUUAUGUAGUAGUGGUGAAUUUCCCAGUCAUUGAAGGGAUGCUAAUGAGGAAGGAUGAAGGAAGUGUUCCAGUUUCUGUAAGCAUCUUGUCUCUGAUAUUAUCCUUGACAUUCUUGUAUCUAGGAUCCAUUGUUCUGUAGUCUUAGUUCUACGAGAUGGGUAUUAUUAAAAAAAAAAAAAUUGUAGAUGAAUUCAAGAAUUAGUUUUAUUCAAUUCUCAAAUCGAACAGCCACAUAUAUCUGUCAA